AUGAACGCGUUUACCUGGCUUAUCGAUAAGGGUGCCAAGCCAUCAGCAAUCCAAAACUUUUCCGUUCAUUCGAUAUUUUUGCCCAGAGCCAUUCUGCCGAUCAUUCAUUACAAAAUGUUGAGAGAAGUGAAAGCCAAGAACCCGCGCACUGCGCGUAUCCUGAAAGCUCGGGAGCCGCAACUCAUCGAACCCCCCAAGAAGACCCUGAUUUUCCAUGGCGCAAAAUGUCCCCAAGCACUGGACACCGUGUUGAAGACCUUCCACGCCUUGACGAAGCCCCACAACAUUCUUUUCCACAAGAAGAACGAAAAUUUGCACCCAUAUGAGAACUCGGAGAGUCUGGAGUUCUUGGCGAACAAGAACGAGUGUGGACUCGUAGCAUUCGGAAGCCACAACAAGAAGCGACCCAACUGCGUUACAUUGGCCCGUAUUUUCAACUCAGAGCUGCUCGACCUCGUCGAGAUAAUGCUGCUCCCCCCGCGGGAGGGCGAGACCAUUCCUCCCAUUAACGAACUCGUCAUGGACGUCGGUCUCGGCUUGCGACCUAUGAUGUUGUUCUCUGGUAGCUCCUGGGAUGAUCCUACAUCGACUUCACACAUCAUUCUUAAAAGCACUCUUCUCGACAUGUUCAAGGGCGAAGAGACCACCCAGGUCGACGUCGAGGGUCUGCAGUACGUGAUGAUGGUUGGUGCAGAGGAACCCCAAGAUGGCCUCUCGCCUGUUAUCCACAUGCGCUGGUACAGAGUCGUUACCAAGCGCAGCGGUCACAAGCUGCCCCGCGUGGAGUUGCAGGAGGUUGGUCCCAAGUUCGACUUCAAGGUCGGCCGCACACGCCAGGCCGCUCCUGAGGUGCAGAAGGAGUCCAUGAAGCAGGGCAAGCGCCCCAAUGAGGAGGCUCGAACCAAGAAGAACAUUAUCACCGACUCUAUGGGUGACAAGAUUGGUCGUGUUCACCUCGGCAAGCAGGAUCUGUCCGACAUGCAGACCCGUAAGAUGAAGGGUCUGAAGCGCCGGGCGGGCAUGGAGUCGGACGACGAGGAGCCAUCUGCGGAGAUGAUGGAGGUUGAUGAGAUCUCUUCUGAUGAGGAAGAGAGUCACAAGAAGGCACGGAAGAACUAA